AUGGGACAAGAUCAGCCCAUAGUGGGUAUCAUCGGUAUGGGUGAUAUGGGAAAGAUGUACGCUAAAAGGUUGAAAGCUGGAGGUAUCAAGACGAUAUACGUAUGUGAUAAACCCGACAGAUUCUCGGAGCUUCAAAUAGAAUUGGAAGGAACAGGUAUAACCCCUCUUUCUGAUGGUCACGCUGUAUCUCGUCUUUCCGACCUCAUCAUUUACUCUGUAGAAGCUGCAGCUAUCUCAGCCGUCGUCAAGGAAUACGGUCCCAGUACGAAAUUUGGAGCUACCGUUGCUGGUCAAACCAGUGUCAAAGCUCCUGAAAAAGAAGCUUUUGAGCAGUAUUUACCGGAGGAUGUUGAUAUUGUUUCGGUACAUAGUUUACAUGGACCUAGUGUCACUACUGAGGGACAACCGUUGAUCAUCAUACAUCACCGAGGACCUGAGGAAAAAGUUCGACUAGUCGAAAAUAUUUUCAAAAGCUUCAAGAGUCGUUAUGUUCAUUUGAGCUAUGAGGAACAUGAUUUGGUUACUGCGAAUACACAAGCUGUGACUCAUGCCGCAUUUCUCAGUAUGGGUACAGCAUGGCAUCAUUCGAUAUCCUAUCCUUGGGAAACAACACGUUACGUAUCAGGUAUAGAAGUUGUCAAAGUCAACAUCAUGCUUCGUAUCUACUCUGCCAAAUGGCAUGUUUACGCCGGACUCGCCCUUCUCAACCCAUCGGCUCAGGUGCAAAUCAAACAAUACGCAUUAUCAACUUCAGACCUUUUCAAGCUCAUGGUGGAAGCUCGUUCGGAAGAGCUUUCUUCACGUGUUUGGGAAGCUAGGGAAGGUGUAUUCGGUUGGAAAAGAGAUCAAGAAGGUGAUGUUUCAGGUCGACAACCUAUUCUAUUGAGUGAAGAUAUAUUAGAUCAAUUUACCCUAGGUCGAGCGUUAGAAGAUGGACAAAAGGGACAUCCUAAUAGUCAUUUGAGCUUGUUGGCAAUGGUGGAUUGUUGGAAUAAGUUAGGUAUCAGACCAUUCGAACAUUUAGAAGUGGCAGGUACACCGGUAUUCAUGUUAUGGAUCGGGGUCGCUGAGUAUUUAUUCAGAUCAAAAGAGAGAUUACAAGCUGCUAUCGACGCGGGUUUGUCGGACAGACAUUAUCGUCCGGAUGAUUUGGAAUUUGUCAUUGCUGCGAGAGGGUGGAGUGAAUGUGUCAGUUUUGGGAAUUUCGAUUUGUACCAGAGGAGGUUUGAGGAGACUUCUUCUUUCUUUGCACCUCGAUUUGAAGAUGCCACAAAGUUGGGUGGAAGAAUGAUCAAAGCUAUCCAAGAGGGACAAGCAAAAAGAUAG